AUGUGCACUAAAGCUACUGGAAAAGCAGCCACCGCUGCCGCGAUUGCCGCUGCAGCGGUGGUUGCGGUGGGCGGGACAGCACUUGCGAUCCGGGCCGCAGUAGGCGCGUCGCGAAGAAAGCGGCGGCGCCGCGUGAUCGGAAUCAUUCCCGCGCGAUUCGCGUCCUCGCGGUUCGUGGGGAAGCCGCUAGCGCUGAUUGCGGGGCGACCCAUGAUUCAGCACACGUGGGAGCGUGCAAAGCUUGCUCAAACGCUCGAUCGAGUGGUGGUUGCAACGGACGACGAGAAAAUUGCUAGUUGCUGCCAGGGAUUCGGUGCUGAGGUCAUCAUGACGUCAGCAGCUUGUAGCAAUGGUUCGGAGCGGUGUGCCGAGGCGGUGGAGAGGCUCAAGGGGCAGUGGGACGUGGUGGUGAACAUUCAAGGGGACGAGCCUCUCAUCGACCCGGCUACCAUUGAUGCUGUCGUGAUUGCAUUACAGGAAUCACCUCAGGCAGUGGCAGCGACAGCAGUGGCAGACAUAAAAGCAUCAGCAGCGCCUGACCCGAAUCGUGUCAAGUGUGUGGUGGACAGCAGAGGCUUUGCUCUCUACUUCUCACGGGCGCUCAUUCCCCACAACAGGGACGGAGUGCCUCAUCCUGGCUUUCCAUACAUGCUGCAUCUGGGCCUACAGGCAUAUGAUGCGGCCUACCUAGCACAGUACAGAGCGUGUGAGCCGGGGAGGUUGGAGGAGGAGGAGCAGCUGGAGCAGCUGCGGAUACUGGAGCAGGGGUUUAAAGUCAAGGUGGGUUGUCACGCGGUGGUGAAGGUGCCGCAUUCAGCUCACCGGGUGGUGAAGGUGGCGCAUUCAGCUCAUGGAGUGGACGUGCCUGCUGACAUGCAGUGCCAGUCAAUUCCUAAGAUGCAUCACCCUACAUGUGCAUGUGCUUGCGUGCCCGUGCGUGUGCAGGUGGUGAAGGUGGCGCAUUCAGCACACGGGGUGGACGUGCCUGCUGACGUCAAGAGGAUCGAAGACCUCCUCCUGAGAGGAGGGCGAUGA